AUGCGAGCCCCACGCGGAGGCGGCGCUCAUUCCGCGGCCGGGAUGCUGCAGCUGCUGCUGGUCGGGCUCCUGCUGCCCGCUGCGCUGGUGGCCGCUCCGGGGGCCGGGGCGCCGCGGGAGCUGGAGGCCGGCCUGGACCCUGCGGCCCUGGAGGCGGCUCGCUUCGCCCUGGAGAGCUACAGCCGGGCAGCGGAGCAGCGCGGGGGGCCGGCCCGGCUGGGGGCUAUCCGGCGGGCGCAGGCCCAGGUGGUGAAUGGGAUCAAGUACUAUCUGGAUGUGACCCUGCUGAAGCCACCGUGUAGCCAGCACCGAUUCACAAACCAGGAUGCUGCUAUCUGUGAAAAUUCAGUGGAGCCGGAGCAAAUAGUCAAUUAA